AUGAGCUCGAUCCCUCAGAAGUCCGGCCAACCUCAAGGACAGAGUACCGCAGCCCAGGCCGCCUCGCACUCUUCCACUCCUUCGCUCAGCGGGAAAGCCUCGCCAGCGCCCUCGACCUCCACCGCGGUGCCUCGUUCCUACGCAAACGCGACCAAGAAGUCCGCGACGGACUCUACCGCCGCCGCUCCCGUCACCGUGGGUGGCCCAUCGCAACAUGGGAAGUCGACCUCAACUUCAGUGAGCGGCAAACCCAUGCAGCAACCUUCCAACCCGACCAUUGUGAAUGGCGCCCCGGCCUCUGGCGUGCCUCAAGGCGACCACGCGAAGAAGCCCUCGGUGACCAUCACCGCAGACUACAACCCUAGCACUAGGGCGCAGGCCGGUCGCCCCAACAGCCUCCAGUUUGGCUUCGCCAACUCCCAGUCCUCCCCGAACAUGGGCAAUCCCGCUGCUCUGGCCAACCAGCCUCAGUCGGGUCUGGGUGUCACGCCGCAAGCGAACCCUCGUGCGACCUCACCGCAAACUUCGCCCUCGCCUAUCCCUCAGCCCGCCUCAAGUGGUGGCCGCCCACCGCCAUCUUCGUACGGUGCUCAGGUCAACUUUGGUAGCUUUGGGAAUGCAGGUGAUAAUGCUCCCCUCGGUCCCGGUGCUCAGUCGACUCACUUGCGCCGCGAAUCUUCUCAGUCCACGCACAGCGAUAUGAGUAACCACAUGGGAGCCGGUCCUGGCCGUGGGGGCUACUAUCACCAGGGUGGCCGUGGACGCGGACAUUCGCAAUCGAGCCAUCAAGGCCCCGUUGCGUUCUCCCCUACUCCCGGUUUCCGUCAGCCCAGCCAGCCUCGAGGCGGCCACAACAUGGGCCCUCAGUUCCACGGCGCCAACCAGGGCCGUCCUAUGCCCGGAUUCCCCUCUCCGCAAGCCCAACGCAGCCCGGCUUUGGCUUCCGCCCACCCCGUGACUCCCCAGAUGAGCCAGGUCCCAAUGACUCAUGCACAGAUGCCGCCUCAGCCCUACGGCGCGUAUCCUCAACAUAUGGGACCCCAACCAGUGAGAACCCCCCACCCUAAUUCUCAGAGACCUCCGCCGCGCCGUGGUCUUUACAACAAAAGAAAACCAGGGUCCCGCGGAUUCCACUCCAGAAACCCAAGCUUUUCCCAUCCCCAAGCCCAUCAUCCCUUUCCGCAACCAGCUUUGGCGUCCCCAAACCUGGCCCCAGAAAGUGGUCAAUUUGAACACUAUCUAACGCUGAUGAAACAUAAUCAGGGCUACCCCUACGGCGACCCCAACUAUGCCUACUACCCGAACUACCAGUACAUGGCCCCUCCCUCGCCUCAACCCGGGCCUCGCAUGCCUUACAACCAGUCGCCUUACAUGCAGAACCAAUACCCCGUUCCCCAAGCAGUGCCACAAGCAACUGGUUUGUCGCGAACCCCCUCACAGGUUUCUGACCGUCCCAGCUCUAGCUUAGGACAGAACGCACCCUCUGCAGUUCCCUCGACUCCUGGCCACACCCACACUCCUAGCCGGUCUUCUAACGCUUCCGCUGGAGGCAAGGCACCCGCCUUUGUCAUUCCCCAGCCAGCCAGGAAAGCCAUUACUAUCCGUGACCCUGAUAGCGGCAAUGUGAAGACCUUCGAAAAGGCCCCAGCUUCUCCCGCUCGCGCCACACCUUCUCCCGUCAAAGCCGCCACCCCCACUCCUACCCCUCCGCCACGAACUGGUAGCAGCACUGACCAUACUCGCUCCACCUCUGUCUCCGCUAAGACUGCCGCUGAGAAGAAGCAAGAGCUAAAGGACGCCGUUCUCCGUAAGAUGGAGGAAGAGGCUGAGAAGAAGAAGCAGGAAGAGGAAGAAGCUGCCAAGAAGCAGGAAGAAGAGGAGGCUGCUAAGAAGAAGCAGGAAGAAGAGGAGGCUACUAAGAAGAAGCAGGAAGAAGAGGAGGCUGCUAAGAAGAAGCAGGAAGAGGAGGAGGCUGCUAAGAAGAAGCAGGAGGCGGAGGAGGAGGCUGCUAAGAAACAGGCUGCCGAUGAAGAGGCCGCUCGCAAGGGUGUAGAGGACCUGAACCUCAAGGAGGAGAAGAAGGAUGCUUCUGCUGAAGAACCCACGAAGCCUGCUGAACCGACUCCUGCGCCUGCUGAUGAAGAUGAAAUUGACUACGAUGCCAUCGAACGUGAGAUGGCUGAACUUGAGGCCAAGGAGGCUGCUGCCGAAGCCGCAUACUACGCGAGGAAGCAGGCCGAGAAGGAGGAGAAGGAGCGCAAGGAGAAGGAGGAGCGCGAGGCCUACGAGGCUAACAUGAAGCAGGCCGAGCGUGAGGCCGAAGCCCUCGAGGAGGCUAAGGAGAAGAAGCGUGCAGCCGGUCAGGAAACAAGCACUAAGGACGCAUUCGCCUCAUUGAAGAAGGGUGGAUACACUGCGACGGAGGCCAGUACUCCUGCUGACAGUGGUACUAAUACUCCUGUCUCGGAUACCUCCAUGCCUCCUCCCGCCAAACCUGCCAGCGCAGCCGGCAAGCCGAAGCCUGCGGCACUAAAGCUGGAAACCAACCAGCCUAUUGAACCUUCUCAGCCCACAGCUGGUAUGAAGUCGCUCAACUCCGCUCGAUUUGUCGACGAUCUCAGCAAGAUCGCCUACCCCGAGUCGGUCGCGUCACCGAACCCUGCCCUCAACGAUAGCGCGCCUGCCGACCGCAAGUUCCACUACAACAAGGAGUUCUUGUUGCAAUUCCAGUCUGUCUUUAAAGAGAAGCCGUCCAUCGAUUGGGACCUGCGUGUUCGUGAAACCGUUGGCGACAACGACUCUUCCCGCCCUCAGUCUGCCCGCACACCGAUGUCACGUAACCCGUCUCGUGGUGGUGCUGGACAAGACGGAUUCCCGAUGGGCGCCUUCGGUGCGCAAUCCCGCCUACCCCCAGGAACCACAUCCGAAAUCCGUUUCGCUAUGUCCAACAACCGCCCCGCUUCCAUGGGCAGCGGCGCCUUCCAGUUCCCUCGUAUGGGCAUGGGUGCUCCAUCGCUCAGCCGCAGCAACUCAUCUCAACCUUUGAUGUCUCCUCGUGUGGGCUCUGGCAGAUCCGGCACCCGCUCGGGCAGCAAGCGCGAUAAGCACCAGGCCAAGAAGGAGGAGGAGAUGGCCAAGUCUAUGCCUCUCACAGCUGGAAAGGAGGUUCAAGGUCUUCAGGUCUCUCAAACCGGAUGGAAACCUCGCAGUAUCGGCCAGACUGCUGCUGCUGCUGGUCCUACACCGGGCGGCCACAUGCCUCCUGAUGUUGUCCAGCGUAAGGUCAAGGCCGCGCUCAACAAGAUGACGCCCGAGAACUUCCCGCGUAUCUCCGGUCAGAUCCUCGAGAUUGUUUCUCAGUCUAAGGACGAGUCCGAUGGACGUACCCUCCGACAAGUCAUCCAACUUACAUUCGAGAAGGCUACCGACGAAGCCCACUGGGCCUCCAUCUACGCCAAGUUCUGCAAGAGCAUGCUUGAGAGCAUGAGCGCCGACAUCAAGGAUGAGAACAUCCGCGAUAAGAACGGCAACGUCGUUGCUGGUGGCAGUCUGUUCAGGAAGUACCUCCUCAACCGUUGUCAAGAAGAGUUCGAGCGUGGUUGGAAGGUCAACCUCCCUCCUAAGCCUGAGGGUGUCACGGAGGAGGCUGCUAUGAUGUCUGAUGAGUACUACGCUGCCGCCGCUGCCAAGCGUCGUGGUCUUGGUCUCGUCAAGUUUAUUGGUGAGCUGUUCAAGCUGGGCAUGUUGACAGAGCGUAUCAUGCACGAGUGUGUCAAGAAGCUCGUCGACUACGAGGGUAUUCCCGAAGAGGCUGAAGUUGAGAGUUUGACGAGUCUCCUGCGCACUAUUGGUGCUCCUCUUGAUGCUUCGGAGAAGGGUCACGCCUUUAUGGAUGCCUACUUCACACGCAUCAACCUCAUGGUCCAGACUCCUGGCUUGCCCAGUCGUCUGAGGUUCAUGCUCAUGGACAUCAUCGAUCUGCGUAAUGCUCGCUGGCAGUCGAAGGACUCUGACAAGGGUCCCAAGACCAUUCAGCAAAUUCGUGAGGAGGCUGCUCGUGCCCAACAAGAAGCCGAGAUGGAGCGCCAGCGCCAGCAGGCCAACCGCGGACCUGGUGGACGUCCAACUAUGGGUCGUGGUGACGCUCGUAGCUUCUCAUCCGGCUACGGCCAGGCACCCCCGCCCGAUUACGCUUCUAGCAAGGUUGGCAGUGACGAUCUCCGCCGCCUUCGCACCGCCCGCAACCCCAACCAGCCCAUGUCUUUUGGACCUUCUAGCAUGCUCGGCUCCCGUAGCAACAGUGGACGCAAGAACCUCGGCCCUGGCGGCAACUUGGUUCGUGGCAGCGACGACAGUGGUGCCAGCAGCCGGACUGGGACACCCCCUGCCGGUAAGAAGGAAGACAAGGAAGCUGCUUCCUCCAUGAACGCAUUCAGUGCUCUGGCCCAAUUGCAAGACCAGGACAACAUGGCCACCUCUCCCCCAUCAAACCCUACCUCCCCCAUGCUGACAAAAUCACAACCCGCUGUUGAGCGCCGACCCUCGGCAACCCCGUCCAAGGACGGCGAGGAAGCAUCAUAG